AUGACGUCGGGCAGCGCUCCUCCGUCCACAAGCGAGGGUCUGUCCAUCGAGGAUUUGAAAGCGCAGGGAAAUCUGGCCUUCAAGCGCGCUGCACUCUUGAAGCGAACGACGGCUUCAACCCAGUAUCUCAGCGAAGCCAAGUCCUACUACAUCCAGGCUAUCCAGAGAGUUGGGAAUGCAAAAGCGAAUGCCAGCAAUCUCGCGCUGGGGUGUGCCCUGCACUCCAAUCUGGCUGCUGUGUAUUUGCAGGAGGUGCCACCUCAAUGGACUCAUGCGAAAGCAGCAGCUGACAUCGCACUUGCGUUCAACCCAGAGCAUGUCAAAGCGAGAUUUCGUCGCGCUCAAGCAUUCUUGGAGGACAAUCGGGAGGGCUUGCCAGAAGAUGCCAUAAGGAAGGCCUUGGCCGACCUGCUGCAAGCCCAGCAACAGGAGCCUGCCAAUGCUCAGAUCGCAAAUGAAGUCAAGCGCGUGACUCGUCGGCUAGAAGUGCUUGAGUCCAAGAGGGAGAUUCCUCCUCCUAGACAGAUCCUGGAGCAACUUGUUCCAGCAAGUCUUCUUGAUCGCGGGAGCGACUGCCUGGAUGAUCAUGGCUAUGCCUGGGGUCAAAGCGAUUCCAUCCUCCAUGUCUUCAUGCCGGCUCAAGGAAGAAGAUUGUCGAAGGCGAGCAUUACUUGCGAGAUUACUUCCCGAAAGUUGCACAUCGCUCUCCAGUCUGCAGAGGGCCAAAGCAAGCUUCAUGCAGACGGAUGCCUGCACAAAUCGGUGAAGCCCGAUGAAAGCAGCUGGCAGCUGGAGGAAGGCGGAUUGCUUCUGCAUGUGGAGCUUGCCAAACAGGACGUUUCAGAAGAGUCCGAACACUGGACUAGGCUGUGGCAUGACUCCCCAGCAACGAAUGCACUAAGCGCCAAGGAGCAGAGAGAGUUGCAGCAAAUGGCGAGCGCAGCUUGUCGCGAAGAUGCACGCGAGGAAAAGCCCGCUGUGAACGAGGAAGCACUGCGGAGAUGGAAAGCAGCUAUGCCUGGUGUGGAGGUACAGUGGGCAGAUACAUCGCUAGACUCCUUGCGAAAUUUGCAUGCGGCGGAAAAAUUCCCUUUGGCUGCCUCCGCUGCAGAAUGA